AUGACACCGGAAAAAGCCGUGAAGUAUAUAAGAAUGAGUGUUUUUUUAAUAUGCAUGUGGCCGCCAUUAAGAAGCAAGUCUAAAAUUAUUUUCAAACUAUUCAUGUGCUUCUCGGUUAUAGUAGCGCUGGGAUUAUUUUUUCCUAUGAUAUAUUCAGUGGUUUACUUCAUCGACGACAUGGUAAUCGUUUUGAAAUCAAUUGUAUGUUCGGCGGUGAUAAUUAACUUUUUAAUUAAAUUUUCCAUCGUAAGGAUCUAUCACAAAAAAUUUGAGAAACUAGAGGCCGCGUUAAAUGAGUUUAUAUUGAACGCAAGUGACUCAAGCAUAUUAAUCGACAAGAGCUGGAAGUUUCAAUUUUUGAUGGUUUGCGGCUGGUACUUUGCUGCUGUGGGAAUUGUACUGGGUUCAUUGGUGCUCCCGCAAAAAUUUCCCUCCGAUGCGGUGUAUCCGUUCUCGGUGGAGCACCCCCUUGUUCCCGAAUCUUUGUUGCGUAUCAGUGCGCUGCGGGGAUGCGAGUUAUCAAUAGAGAGGAUUUGUGCUGGUGCAUCAAACAACAUCAAGAGAUACUAUUGUAAAUUUGCCGACGAAUUAAUACCGCCGAUUCGCGCCCUUGCAUACACAACAGUAUCACUGACUAAAAUUUUAAUGAUUACUAGUGGGUUUUUCCUGAUUUCGGAUGAGAUACUGCCAGUCAAAAUUCAGUUCGGCAUUGUGGCGAUAUCCUUAACAUUUAACACAUUUUUAUACUCCUGGGCCGCGGAUCAUCUGGUGAAUAUUCCUUUGUCAAAUGAAAUUGGUGGUUUGAAAAUGUGUGUCUUGAUAAUUCACAGAACCCAAAAUCCAGUUUUAAU